CCAUCUUGUGUCCUCCUCAUGAAUAUAUAUCAGUCAGUAUUUGCGUAGGAGGUCGGCCGACGUUCAUUUCAUAUUCCAGCACUGUAUUUCGGUCCAAAUGGGACGCACAGUCACGUCUCCGCCCUGAUCUGUCCCCGCGCGCCCAGCCUCUUCCAAGCGAAUUUCAUCGGUAAAAUGUUUGUUUGGAGCAGCGGAGGAGACUCCGACGGAGAAAGGAAGGCAAGAAGUGAAUGACUACUAGUGGAAUAAGUCAGCAACACCGCCCAGUCGGCGGAUAUUUACCACGGUGGGCACGCUUUUUACGGCUUUUAAAUGUAGACGUAGGUGUAACCAAGUGCGCACCGUUAUUUAUUUAGAGAGGGGGACUUUUCAUUGGCAGAGAUGGAAAGUGUGCAGACUAUCGCUGAGGAUGGUGCGUCGGAUAGAGGCGCGACCAAGUUAAUGAAGAAGCCCAGCGGACUGUCUGUCGCCCGGGGGACUCCAGCGGAUGAUGGCGGUGGACAUUUGGCACCCUCCCGCAUUGAGGCAAAGAACGGGAAUAGCGUUUCUCAUUCCGCCACUUCAGCGGGGUCUAGUGCGUCAAAGCGAACUGUAGCGUCUAAUGGCCGGGGCUCAUCCAACAACUCCAGCUCCCUCCUGUUGAGACGGAGACGCUUGAAGAGGAACCUCUCCGCCGCAGCUGCAGCCACCGCCACCUCAGCUGUCACCGCCGCCUGCGGCGCCAAGAUGAACUCGGCCCUUUCCUCUGCGUCUCUACACACUCGGAGUCUGGAUCGGAAGACUCUGCUGAAACACCGACAGAACAUGCAGCUGCAGCCCUCCGAUCGCGAGUGGGUGAGAGCAGAUCUCCACCGGGGCUCCAUACACGUCCACGACCGACUGACGCCCUCAUAUCCCAGGCCGGUUCUUUGCACUAUGGACACCACAGCCGGCGAGGUCGCGCUACGUCUGAGUAAACUCUGCAGUAAGUCGAGCUCUGUCAUGCGCAUUUUUUGUAAAGAUAACCCUAAGACUGACCAAAAUGGCAACUGCAAUGUGAAGUAUGAUUAUAACGAUGACCCAUGCAAGGUGAACGAAGACUUAAGUAUAAAAUGCAACCACCUGACUCCCCAUGAAUCCACUCAGUUAAGGGGCCAUCCAAGUGACAGGUUGAGACUGCUGCUCAUGGAGAAUGCAAACGAGAGGCAAAAGCAACAGGACGUUGAUGGGAAACUUUUCAGCCCGGAGUCAGAGUCACAAGACAACAUAGCCUGUUCACUGUCAGAUUUAAAUUCUAACUCCAACAUGGAUACCCCCAAUGAUGAUGACUCGGAGCACAGGAACUGUUUAGACAGCUAUGGAUUAAAUUCUGGCUCUGAUGUGGAGAGCAGUGCUUUUGAUGACCUGAGCUCCGGGGCCCGGCUCAGCGAGCACAGGGACUCCCUCAGCGAUGACAUGGUGCUGGGCACAGAGGCAUCCAUCCUCAGCCCCUCGUUUGAUAGUGCAACAGAGGGCCACGACAUGUACGGCAGCUCCUCAGACGAACUGGACCUCGACUGUCCUGCGUCGAGCACAAGCAUGGACCCCAUCUCGCAGCAUCACACGAAUGGAAUCAGUGCUGUCACUGCCAACUACACUCAGUGCAACAUUGGACAUUUAAACGACAUGGCUAACAAUGUGGGACCAGAUAGCAGACUAAACCCCCACCGUCUGGGCAGCCUGCCACCCAGCAGUAGUGCCGGCUCAUUGUCAAGAGCCUGUUCUACAGGUAAUACACCUGAUAUCCAAGACUGUGGCCAAGGUGAUGUGAAAUCAGGGCUGACAGCAGACCACAAUGGAGGUUGCUCUGAUCCCUGCCCCACACUGUAUGUUCAGCUGCAUGGUGAGGCUGUCAGGAGGCUUAGCCCAGAUGAGAGGCCUCUGCAGAUCCAGAAUGACUUUCUCUUUAAGCUUGGAUUUAAGGACCCGUGGAGAGUUCAAGAGGAAGGGCUUAACACUGAAAUUGGCUCCUUGUUACGUUUCUAUGCAGGGAAGCCCUCAAGCAUUGAGAACUCGGAGCGUGUGCAGCUGUCAGGGACAUACAACGUUCGCAAAGGGAAGCUCCAGCUGCCGGUCAACCGCUGGACCAGACGGCAGGUCAUCCUCUGUGGCACCUGCCUCAUCGUGUCCUCCGUCAAGGAGAGCCAGACGGGGAAGAUGCACAUCCUGCCGCUCAUUGGAGGAAAAGUGGAAGAGGUGAAGAAGCACAAUCACUGUUUGGCCUUCAGCUCGGCAGGGCCUCAGAGUCAAACCUACUACGUCAGCUUUGACAGCUUCACGGAGCACCUGCGCUGGCACAGACACGCUGCCAAGAUGGUGUCCCAGAGGAUUAACUCCGUAGAUCUGUCCUGCUGCAGCCUGGAGCAACUUCCUCCCAACCUCUUCUACAGCCACGACCUAACCCACCUCAACCUCAAACACAACUUCCUGCCGGCAGACCAGCGGCUGCAGCAGCUGCAGAGGUACAAUGCCAUCAUAAAAGUACAGUAA